GGGAAACAGACGAGGCCUAUCAGGCCCGCAUGUUAGCCUGGAGUACCGAGACAAAGAAGCGGGCAGAUGACGCUGCCGCAGCAGCCAAGAAAAGGGCAGAGGAUGCCGAACAGGCACGUCUGUUGGCCGUGCAACAACAGCGCCAGCACGACGAGGCAGCAGCAAGGGCUGCUGAUGAAGAAAGAACACAGCGUCGUGAGAAGAUAUUCAUCGGAGAGCGGGCGUUACUUACCAUGGCAGCAGAAUGGCGAAGUGAAGCCGAGAACAACCAGUUGGAGGACAGCGCAAACAAGAUAGCGCUCCUCUCGCAUCUCACGGAUCUACUAGCAACCUGCAUUACACAGCACGCGGAGAUCCUUGGUCUCGACAACUCGGUAGCUCAGCUCCAAGACCGCCUUCAGCGGGUGGAGCAGCGACCAGUCGCCGCCGCCGACGCAGGCUCUUCCAAUACUGCCGACCGCCUCACCGCAUUGGAGAUGCGCGUUGGCUCCCUCCAGGAUGGCGCACGGUUACAGCAGACCGCGACGCAACAAUUGCAGCAGCGGAUCUGCACUACCGCCACCACCUCGAGUCCGGAGCCGCGCGAGACAGCUCCUAAGUUCGAUGGGCAGGAUAUCUUCCACUACUCAAUCAAGACAAAUCCGAUUCCAUGGUUUCGCAAGUUUGAGCUCACGAUGCAGCUCCACAACAUCAAGGAAAACAAGCACCACGCUUACUUGUACUCUCGCUCAGGGGGCGCGAGUCAGGCGUGGUUGGACAACUUGUUGUCCAAGUACGGAGUGGUGGCAGCGGACUUGCACACCAUGAUCAGCUGGGAUGAGUUGAAGGCGGCGUGGCACAAGCGGUGUCGACAACUCGGUAGCUCAGCUCCAAGACGGUCUUCAGCGGGUGGAGCAGCGACCAGUCGCCGCCGCCGACGCAGGCUCUUCCAAUACUGUCAACCGCCUCACCGCAUUGGAGAUGCACGUCGGCUCCCUCCAGGAUGGCGCACAGUUACAGCAGACCGCGACGCCACAAUUGCAGCGGCGCAUCUGCACUACCGCCACCACCUCGAGUCCGGAGCCGCGCGAGACAGCUCCGAAGUUCGAUGGGCAGGAGAUCUUCCACGACUCAAUCAAGACAGAUCCAAUUCCAUGAUUUCGCAAGUGGAGCCGCCAGAGAUCAAAGCCAUGGACAAGCUUAUGGUCUUCGAGCAAGGCUCGCUGCCAAGUACGGACUGGAUCGCCGAGUACCAACGCUUGACGUCAGUCCCAGACAUCCAGAUGGGCUUCAAGGCCAUCCGCCACUAUUUCAUCUCAAGGUCAUGUCCGGCAUUGAGCAAUGCCCUGGCGCAUGUCGAGGACACCUUGACGACGACAGCGGAACUAUUCGACAAGGCUGCGCAGAUCAUCGUUACGAACAAGGAGGCCAAGAACCUCUGUUCUUCUGCGUCAGGCCCGAGCGGGAACCAGCAUCGGCCACGAGUGGCCGUGGUCGCAGCGGCAGCGCCGUUAGACCAAACCAGCGAGGCUGCGUCUGCCAGUGAAGGAGACAGAUUCGCAGCCGCCCGAGAAGGGAAACUGAGCACCGCCGAGAGUGAUGCGACGACAUUCUCGACGUCUUCGGAUCUGGUUUCUUCGCGAGUGACCAGCCUUCAUUCCGAGGCGCACGCGGAAGUCGGCAGUCCUCCGUUUCUAUUUUCUUUUGAGGACUAUCCUGCCCGGCUCGUUCCAACGCUGGGUACUCAAGCUCAAGGACAAGGAGUGUGUGCGGUUUCUUCUCCGUCCGGCAACAACGACAUAUCGUCUUCAAGUGGUUCGUCACGGGAUUCGGCGCGCAAGUUCAAGAUAGAGGUUUUGGACCCGCUCACGUCUGAGGACUUUGCAUGGCUUCCUCUCCCGACCACAGGCUGUUUGCCGGGACCGCAAUGCGCAACACUUAGCGCUUAUCUCCACACUUACCUUUCCUUCUAUGCACCACCAACUUUGCCGACGCAUGACGACGUCGCGGUCGGGGACAUCCUGGCGUAUGUUACCAAGGUGGCCCGCGAGUUUCGCACGCAGCGGUACGAUAACAACAAUGCACCGCUCAUGUAUGUCCGCAUCAAGGUUGGGCAAGCGUCCUGCAGCGCUUUGCUGGAUAGCGGUGCGACUCGCAACUUCAUGAGCCAGUCUUUUAUGCAAAGAGAUGGUCUUGGCGCACAAGUUCGGAGAAAGGCAAACCCGACGGCAAUCAAGUUGGCGGAUGGAAAGACUCAGCAACUACUCGAUCGUCACAUCGAGGCUGUACCGGUCUACUUCGCACCUCAUGCAUGCGAACUGGUGACAUUCGAUAUUCUCGACACGGACUUCGACAUCAUUUUGGGAAUGCCUUGGCUUGCAAGUGCGGAUCACACGGUCAACUUCCAUCGGCGGACUCUUAGCGUUCGCGACGCCUUCGGCGUGGAAGUGGCGUGUACGAUUCCUCUACCGCACUCUUUGAUCCGGUGUCAAGUGGUGACGGCCACAUCAUUCCGGGCGACUUGUGCUUACGAGCAGCCCAAGGAGAUCGACAUAUGUUUCCUACGGACCGUCGUGGUAGCCGACUCUUCACCCACGGACUUGUCUUCGGACCCCCGUGUGGUACGGUUGCUGGACGAGUUCGCCGACAUCUUCGAGUCACCUACCGGUGUGGUGUCGGGUCGGCCGAUCUCUCACGAGAUCAUUCUUGAGGCCGGUGCCGUGCCGCCGAAAGGUUGCAUCUAUCUGAUAAGCGAGGAGGAGCUUGAGGUACUCCACGCACAACUCGAUGAUUUGUUGGCCAAGGGCUGGAUCCGCCCGAGUAGCUCCCCAUAUGGAGUACCAGUUCUCUUCGUCGGGAAGAAGAACAAGGAUCUACGGUUGUGCAUCGACUUCCGCAAGCUCAAUGCGCAAACCGUCAAGAAUGCGGGGCCUCUUCCUCGCAUCGACGAUCUUGUCGAGCGGCUGGGCGGUGCCAAGUAUUUUUCCAAGUUGGAUUUGAAAUCAGGAUAUCAUCAAAUCUCGAUUCAGCCGAAUGAUCGCUAUAAAACCUCAUUCAAGACGCGGUACGGGCAUUUUGAGUGGGUGGUCAUGCCUUUUGGCCUCACCAACGCCCCGGCGACAUUCCAGGCGGCGAUGACCAAUGAGUUCCGUGCAAUGUUGGACCGGUUCGUGCURGUCUACUYAGACGAUAUUCUCGUCUACAGCCGGACAUUGGAGGAUCAUCUUGGACAUCUUCGACGAGUGUUGGAGACGCUCCGUCGUGCCAAGUACAAGGCCAACCUCGACAAGUGCGAAUUUGUCCGGCAAGAGCUGGAAUACUUGGGCCAUUUUGUCACACCGGAGGGCAUCAGUCCGCUAUCGGACAAGAUUCAGGCCGUCCAAGAGUGGCCGGAGCCUCGGAACGUCACGGAUGUCCGCUCGUUCCUCGGUCUUACCGGCUACUAUCAGCGCUUCAUCAAAGGCUACUCCAAGAUCGCGGCCCACUUGAACAAGCUUCAGUACGAGGAUCGGCCGUUUGACUUUGGAGAGGAGGCGCGGGGAUCAUUCCUCGCUCUCAAAGCCGUGCUAUUGUCUGCGGAGGUCUUGCGGAUAUACGACCCGCUCGCACCUACACGUGUCACUACGGAUACGUCAGACUAUGGCAUUGGUGCAGUCCUCGAGCAACAUGAUGGUGUGGACUGGCACCCGGUCGAGUACUUCAGCAAGAAAGUGCCACUCGUGCAUUCCAUUGACAAUGAAAGCAAGAAGGAGCUCCUCGCCUUCGUCCACGCGCUCAAGCGCUUCAUCCGCGGUAUCCAAGCCGACCCCGAGUUUUGCGACAAGUACGCGAAUUGCUCCUCGCCUAAUUCGGCUCCUUCUCACUACCGGAUCCAGGAGGGGUACUUGCUUGUCCACACGCGGGGGAAGGACCUUCUUUGCGUACCAAGUGAUCCUCAUUUGCGUACACGGCUUCUUGGCGAGUUCCACGACGCUCCCGCCACCGGACAUUUUGGAGUCAAUCGCACGAUUGGCCGACUUCGCCAGCGAUUUUGGUGGUCCGGCCUUCUCGGUGACGUCACGCGUUUUUGCGAGUCAUACGAGGUUUGCCGACGCUGCAAAUCUCGCAACCAUCGUCCGUACGGUGAGCUACGACCAUUGCCAGUCCCAUUGAGGCGAAGGAAAGCGAUUGCCAUGGACAUCACCGGCCCGUUCCCCAAGCACAAGACCGGAGUGGAUGGGAUUCUCACGGUGGUCGACCGACUCACCAAGUUCGCCAUGUUUUUGCCUUGUCGCUAUCAUGCCAAGGCACCGAAGUUGGCCGAGGUUCUGUACGCCGGUUGGAUUCGCACCAAGGGUUACCCCAAGGAGAUCGUUUGCGACCGCGACACUCGGUUCAUGUUCGAUUUUUUGUUGGCGCUCAUCAAACGAUGGGGCUCAUCUCUCAAGCCCAGUUCAGCUCGCCACCCUCAAACCGAUGGUCAGACGGAGAGAGUGCAUCAGACCGCACAGGUUCUCCUUCGCACUCUCAUCCGCCCCGACCAGAAAGACUGGGUUGAGCGACUGCCGGACGUUGAGUUGGCCUACAACUCUUCCAUCCACCCGACUAUUGGGAUAUUGCCCUUCGAGUUCGAGCACAGCUCGCCGGUCACGUCACCGUUGGACACGAUUACUCCACGCACGGCCGAGAGCGACGACCAUCUCCUUUUCUUGCGGCGGAUGCAAGAGCUUCUUGUCAAGGCACGCGACCAGAUGGCUAAGACGCAACAGCGCAUGCACCAACAGGCAAAUCGACAGCGUCUUCCAUGUCCAUUCCGCGCCGGAGACCUUGUCUGGGUUUUAGCAGCGGAAUUCAGCCUUGAACAAGACGUCUCUCGCAAGCUCCUUCCGAAAAUGGAUGGGGCCUUGGCCGAUCAUMGAGCCCGCUGGGGACGCACCGGAAGGACCCUCCUUCACGAUUCAGGUGCCUAGCCACUUGCCUAUCUACCCAAUCUUUCAUUGCUCCGAACUGGCUCUCUACACGCCAGCGGAUCAUGACGACUUUCCCGGGAGACGG